UCAGAUAACGCUAUCAGAGCCAACCUGCCAUGCUCAGAGCUUCAGAGCCAGCACCCAGAGAUCUCCAGCAGUGCCCUGAAUUGUGGGUACUGGCACAGUCAGCUGGGCACUGAGGAGCAGGACUGUGGGAAAUCUUGGAGGUUCUCUGUUCUCAGUCCGUUGCUUUGGUGGGUGGCGUGGUGCACAUGGCCCCCGGGGGCUUUUAAGUGGGGUAAGACGUUGGUGGACCAUUGAUCAAAGGUAAACACUUUGUUCUUCAGAAAAAAAGAUGGUUCUUUCCUUCCCACUUUGCUAAAAGCAGGACCAGUGGGCCAGAGCAGACAUCAAAGAAGGCCCAGGAACUCAGAGAUUUCUGGCCAGGAGGUUGGAACUAAGUGUUCUGAGGCGACCAGACAGCGAUGUCUCUUUCCUCCUCCCCACCUAACCACAAAGCACAGGGCUUCUCAACCCGGGGCGGGGGACUCCCUCCUUCCAUCCUGGUCUUCAUCUAAAACCCUUUUUAGUCUCACUCCACCUCUAGGCUGUAAGUGGCCUGAAGCGGGGCAAAUCCCUGCCUCCCCACCCACACCUUCCCCAAGUGUCUUCAGUUCCUUCCUACAGAGCUGUCUGUGACUGCCGAGGCAGCCUGUUCUCCUUCUGUAUCCACCAUAAGGAGUGCCGGGAAACGGGGCAUCCGGAGGCAUCUAUCCCCAAGGACCAGCUGGACCUCCGAUUCUGAGCUGCAGCCCUAGGACUGGAAGGCAUGGCACCAGAUGUGGUCUGGCUCCUUUUCUUCCAACCUACUCUGGCAAUAGGCCUCUCAAUGCAGACUGCCAUCAAGAACUUCCGAAUCUUACAUGUCGACUACCCCAAGGUCAGCUACGCGAAGGGUUUCCAUGGAUACUGUAACGGCCUCAUGGACUAUGUGAGGGGAAGGCUGAAGGACUGGUACUGCCCUAAGAUCCACUAUGUGGUACACGCGCCCAGGGAAGGCAUCGAGAAGUUCUGCAAAUACAGCGAGAGCUUCUGUGAGAACUACAAUGAGUAUUGUACCCUCACUCAGGAUGCGUUCCCGCUCACAAUCUGCACCUUGGACCGUAAACAGCCACCGUCUAGCUGUAGCUACAACAGUACCCUGACCAACCAAAGGCUGUACUUGCUCUGCUCCCGCAAGCAUGAUGCUGAGCCAAUUGGCAUCAUUGGCCUCUCCUAGGGACUCAGCUCCUGAACAGUCCCACCUAGUACGGCCCCUACAUGCCACCCCAAAGCCUGUCCCCAGUCUCUGAGUCUAGCAGUGAGUCUUCCUCCCUGACUUCUGAAGCAGAGCCCCUCCCUCCUCUUUAGGCUCUUUUCACCUUCCCAUCCCCCCACCUUGAGCCUCUCUCUCUCUCCCACCCAAGAAGCCGACUGUGUCCAGCUGGCCGUGCUUGUCUAUACACUGGGCCAGAUUCCGACUUCUGGAUGGAGGCCCAGGCCCCAGCUCACACCAUGGCAACAGGCACCCAGCUCCAGUACCUCUCCCUAUCCCUGUUUUUAGUGUCAGCUCCGCCCCCACCCCCAUCCCCGAAGCUCCCUGCUGUUUUCCUUAUAAUUCUUGCCACACUCUAGCAAUAAGAACCUUCCUAUGACCCUUGGGCCCAUUUUGUCUCACUUCCUCAAAGCCCUCUCUGUCCCCAGCCUGUACUUCUCUGUGAUUUCCCCUUUAUAUAACCUGUCCUUCCCUACCUCCUUCCACCACGGAGAAUAGUGAUGUUUUUUUUCCUACUUUCCCAACCACUGUUAGCCAAGCUGCCCACCUUUUCACAACCUCCGCCUUCCAUUCCUCUCUCACCUUGGCCCAGAGGAAUUUUAAAUUAUCCUUUCUGUUUUUUUUUUUUUCCCCCAAGGUCCCUCAGUCCCUCUUUCCUCCCUUAUCUCUACCCAACAUUUCCCAGACUCUAGGGAGUCUGUUUCACUCAGGUGGCAGAGGAUGAGGCAGGCCCAGCUCCAUCAUGUAAAGUGUAAAAACCACUGGGGGAAAUUGGGCAAAAGGUCCAUGGGCGC